AUGCCCCGCCUCGGAGCCAAGGUGUGCCUGCUCCACUGCUCUCUGCUGCUGUCCCUCCUCCUGCUCCGCAUCCAUGAGACGGAGCAGAACAGCUACUGCCAGCAGAUCAUCACGGAGAGGCACCUGGCCGAGCUGGAGGAGCUGGCUGACACCCAGAUGCAGCACCCGGGCAGGGUCUCCUUCAAGUUCAUUGACAAGAUGCAGUUGAACGACUCCAUCUGCUACGUGAAAGCUGCCUUUCCCCUGAUGGGCAAGAUCCUGGAGCGAACGGAGUUCAAAGAGAACUCGUCCAACGCCCGGAAGAUGCAGACGGUGCGCAGGAUGUACAACCGCAUCGAUGAGAGCGUGGACCCCUGCAUCAGGGAGGAGGAUGAUGAGGAGAGAAUGCUCUCACAGAUGUGCUUCAAGGAGUUCACCACCUCCCCCUACGAGAUGCUGGUGUUGGUGAAGGAUUUCUUCCAGGACAUCAAACGUCUGCUGCAGAACCAGGAGACUUUUGAGAAGGAUUGCAGCCGCGUCUACCGCAGGGCCUGCCCAGGACCCAGGAAGGCUGGAUCCUCACCAGGUGUGGGGACAGAUCCUGACUGCAAUUGCCUGUCCCCUGCCCUCCCUUCUGCCACCCAGCCCUCCCUCUCUGCUGCCACUGGCAGGGACAUGGCACCCGCUAGCACCCAGGUCCCUUCCAGCCUCCUCCAUACCACCCUCGCUGACUUAGAGGCCCCAUCUCAGGCCCCCAGUAGCACGGAUGGGGGCUCAGGGACCGAGGAGGUCCUGGGUGCCAUGGUAGGUGACACAGCGCUGGUGUUGGCCCCUGGGAUGAAGCAGACAGCUCCAGCCAGGAGUGCCGAAGCCCUCCAAGAUCCGGCCGGGAUGCUGAGCCUAGCACUGGGUGACAUCCCCGUCCUCCGUGGGGAUGGAGAGCUGGUGGAGUGGGGCACGGACCACCUGCCUCAGGAUGCAGGCCAGCACUGGGGAGGCUCCAUCCUCCCGGAUCAGCUCGGCGGGCUCAGGACCACCCCUCCAACAGCAUCGCCCAGCGCUGGCUCCAUGGGCGGCAGAGCCAGGAUCCAUCCCGCGGCAGCGCCCGAGCCCGUGACCCAGCUCCGCUUCUCCAGGAUGGCCCCAGAGCUUCGAGUCCCGGGCAGCCCCAGGGACGGGGCGAAGGGCUGGGGCUGGGGGCUGAGCCGGCUGCGGGGCCCCGAGGACGGCGGCGGGGCCGGGCCGAGCUUUGACUCUGGCUUUGUUCUGGGCGCAGAGCAGCGCAGGAAGGAGCCGCCGGCCAGGGAGGGCCGCCAGGAGCCCCUCAUCUACAUUACGGUGGCCAGUGUGGUGGCCGUCCUGCUGGCCACGGGAGGGCUGCUCUUCUACAAGUAUAAAUCCAGGGUCCUGGAGCGGCCGCUGGAAGAUGGAGGCUGUGACCCCGAGGAGCCAGAGAGGAGGGCACUGCAGGGAGCAAGGGAAUGUUCAGAGCUGGAGACUCAGGAUCUCUGA